CGGCUGCCCAUAUGCCGUCUUUCUUUGUGUCGAACUGUACUCCGCACUCCACGCUCGUUCAUUAAUCAAUCCAUUGCUCCCUAUUGUGCUGCAAUAGUAGAAGGAAGGCUCUUAGCUUGCUAUUUCUCUGCCCACUACAGAAUACAUUUACCGUGUCACUAUAACACAAUAGAGUAUAGGAUCAUCUCUGUAUAUAGAAUGCGUAAAUAUUGUAUACCGUAUACCUAGAGUACCUGCAUUUGCAAUGGAGUUCGUUCGCGUUAUGAUGUUGCAAAUAGCAAAUGGUACACCCAACAAACCUCGGGUGACAUUCCCCACUGGCGAAUGUCCGGCUGCAGCGUGGUUACUACUGCACCAGACCUAUGAUCUUUCUCCAUCUAUGUAUUCGGAGACAUAGCCCGGAAGAUGGAAGAGUCUCACGGCAACGUUGAUGUUCUUUCCUUGCCAUCUUUCAAAUGGAUCCGGUUCUAUGAUGACAGCACGGUCCGCAGUAAACAUAGAGACCAGCUCGCUCAAAAGCAUACAAUGCUUGUUAUUGGAGGGGUAAUUCCAGUUGAUGAUGAUGAUGAAUAUGUUCCUUGUAUAUAGAAUUGCAAUGGUGCAACCCUUGCCGAUGGUGUGGGGAUCUUUGGCAUGCGCAGUCUCUCGUGGAUGAUCAACUACAAUGCAAGUGAUGAUUGCAAUUACACUAUCCGACCAAAGAUUUCCAAAGCCAUUGGUGGGAAGUGCAUUGAGUUCCUUUUACCCAUCUCCCGUAUAUAUCCAUUCCCCAGGUUGACACUAACUUGAACAGUUCUACUGGUGGCGCAACCUGGAGCAAGCCGGAACACAAGUUCAACAAUACAGAGUUAGCAGACAUUUCUAAACGUCGC